CUCUGCGGCGCGGUCCUCGGAGACACGCGGCGGUGUCCUGUGUUGACCAUGGCCGACUACCUGAUUAGUGGGGGCACGUCCUACGUGCCAGACGACGGACUCACAGCACAGCAGCUCUUCAACUGCGGAGACGGCCUCACCUACAAUGACUUUCUCAUUCUCCCUGGGUACAUCGACUUCACUGCAGACCAGGUGGUAAGUAUGAUCAGGAAUUGGGUCCUGAACAUCAAGGUGAGCUAAGGUGCUACUGUCACCUGGUCUCUGGGCUACCUCACCAGAUUGGGCUUGGGUGUGGAUUUUAUGGGAUGUUACUGGUUAGCAUGCAGGUCAUACAAAAGUCCUUUUUUGUGGGGGACUCAGUAACACCUUGAGGAGUAAGAGAUGCUUUCCCACACUGGCUGACCUUUGUCUCCUCAGGACCUGACUUCUGCUCUGACCAAGAAAAUCACUCUUAAGACCCCACUGGUUUCCUCUCCCAUGGACACAGUCACAGAGGCUGGGAUGGCCAUAGCAAUGGCGCUUACAGGUGGUAUUGGCUUCAUCCACCACAACUGUACACCUGAAUUCCAGGCCAAUGAAGUUCGGAAAGUGAAGAAAUACGAACAGGGAUUCAUCACAGACCCUGUGGUCCUCAGUCCCAAGGAUCGUGUGCGGGAUGUUUUUGAGGCCAAGGCCCGGCAUGGUUUCUGCGGUAUCCCAAUCACAGACACAGGCCGGAUGGGGAGCCGCUUGGUGGGCAUCAUCUCCUCCAGGGAUAUUGAUUUUCUCAAAGAGGAGGAACAUGACUGUUUAUUGGAAGAGAUAAUGACAAAGAGGGAAGACUUGGUGGUAGCCCCUGCAGGCAUCACACUGAAGGAGGCAAACGAAAUUCUGCAGCGCAGCAAGAAGGGAAAGUUGCCCAUUGUAAAUGAAGAUGAUGAGCUUGUGGCCAUCAUUGCCCGGACGGACUUGAAGAAGAACCGGGACUACCCACUAGCCUCCAAAGAUGCCAAGAAACAGCUGCUGUGUGGGGCAGCCAUUGGCACUCAUGAAGAUGACAAGUAUAGGCUGGACUUGCUCGCCCAGGCUGGUGUGGAUGUAGUGGUUUUGGACUCUUCCCAGGGAAAUUCCAUCUUCCAGAUCAAUAUGAUCAAGUACAUCAAAGAGAAAUACCCCAAUCUCCAAGUCAUUGGAGGCAAUGUGGUCACUGCUGCCCAGGCCAAGAACCUCAUUGAUGCAGGUGUGGAUGCCCUGCGGGUGGGCAUGGGAAGUGGCUCCAUCUGCAUUACCCAGGAAGUGGCUCCCAAGAUCCCUCCAGACAUAAAGUCCCACAGCCCCAAAUGCCCUUCUACUGUCACAGGUUGCUAUAUGCUGGCCUGUGGGCGGCCCCAAGCAACAGCAGUGUACAAGGUGUCAGAGUAUGCACGGCGCUUUGGUGUUCCAGUCAUCGCUGAUGGAGGAAUCCAAAAUGUGGGUCAUAUUGCCAAAGCUUUGGCCCUUGGGGCUUCCACAGUCAUGAUGGGCUCUCUCCUGGCUGCCACGACUGAGGCCCCUGGUGAGUACUUCUUUUCCGAUGGGAUCCGGCUAAAGAAAUAUCGCGGUAUGGGUUCUCUUGAUGCCAUGGACAAGCACCUCAGCAGCCAGAACAGAUAUUUCAGUGAAGCUGACAAAAUCAAAGUGGCCCAGGGGGUGUCUGGUGCUGUGCAGGACAAAGGGUCCAUCCACAAAUUUGUCCCUUACCUGAUUGCUGGCAUCCAACACUCAUGCCAGGACAUUGGUGCCAAGAGCUUGACCCAAGUCCGAGCCAUGAUGUACUCUGGGGAGCUUAAGUUUGAGAAGAGAACGUCCUCAGCCCAGGUGGAAGGUGGUGUCCAUAGCCUCCAUUCGUAUGAGAAGCGGCUUUUCUGAACAGGGAUCCAGCACACCUCCCUCGGUUUUUUUCAAUAAAAGUUUAGAAAGAAAAAA